AUGGGAUGGCUGUUCGUGGAUGAAUCAGGUCAAACCCUAACCACCAGAAGCUCAGCGGAAGCAUCAGUAGCGUCGCCGCUUGUGGCGGAAGCGAUCUCGAUCCGCUCAGCACUCAACCACGCUUUGGACAUCGGAAUCACCGAUCUCCACCUCAAAUCAGAUGCUCAGGCCCUCGUCCGAGCUCUAAACAUGCAAAAGCAAAUCAAGGAGAUUUACGGAAUCCUCUUUGAUAUUUAA